AUGGCUGACGCCCUGAAAGCAGAGGGCAAUAAGGCCUUCGCUGCAAAGAACUUCGAGGAAGCCAUUGACAAAUUUUCUCAGGCCAUUGAACUCGACCCAUCCAACCAUGUUCUCUACUCUAACCGUUCCGGCGCCUAUGCCUCGCUGAAGCAAUACGACCAAGCUCUGGAAGAUGCCAGUAAGACAACGGAGAUCAAGGCUGACUGGCCAAAAGGCUGGGGUCGCAAGGGUGCCGCCCUGCAUGGACAAGGCGAUCUCGUCGGAGCCAAAGAUGCUUACGAGCAGGCACUCAAGCUCGACCCCGCCAAUGCUCAAGCAAAAUCCGGUCUCGACUCUGUGAACCGUGCCAUCGACGCAGAGGCUGCGGAAGAUGGGCUCCCAGGCUUUGGUGGCCCCGGAGGAGGGCUCGGCAACAUGUUCAAUGAUCCUCAGAUGAUUCAGAAGCUGGCACAGAAUCCAAAGACAGCGCCACUGCUUGCGGACAAAGACUUCAUGAACAAGCUACAGAGGUUGUCUCAGAACCCGAACGACCUCGGUCAGGAACUUGGAGACCCUCGGUUCCUUCAAGUCAUGAGUGUGCUAUUAGGUGUCGACAUGCAGUUUGGCGCACCGCCCGGGGCUGGCGAGUCAGGCGCAAGCAAGGAAUCAGAGGAGGAUGUGCCAAUGUCCGAUCCUCGACCUUCAUCUCAGCCACCUAAGCCGAAAGAACCCGAGCCUGAACCGGAGCCCGAGGACGAGGAGACCGCUGCGAAGAAGAAGGCCAAAGCAGAAGCCGACAAGGAAAAGGCUCUCGGUACCGAGAGCUACAAGAAGCGACAGUUUGAUACAGCCAUUGAGCACUACAGCAAAGCCUGGGAGCUGUACAAGGACAUUACCUACUUGACAAAUCUAGGUGCUGCAAAGUUCGAGAAAGGUGACUAUCAAGGCUGCAUCGACGCUUGCAAAGAGGCUAUCGAGGAAGGCAAGCAGGUCUUCGCCGACUUCAAGCUCAUCGCCAAGGCAUAUGGUCGCAUCGGCACUGCAUACGAAAAGAUGGGGGAUCUUGCCAACGCCAUCGACAACUACCAGAGAUCCAUGACUGAGCAUCGCACACCGGAGAUUCUAGCCAAGCUAAAGGCAGCCGAGAAGUUCAAAGCUAAGAGCGAGAAAGAAGCUUACAUGGACCCGGCCAAGGCUGAGGAGGCACGGGUUCUUGGUGGUGAGAAGUGGAAGGCGGCAGACUGGCCAGGUGCUGUGGAAGCAUACACCGAGAUGACCAAGCGAGCACCGGACGACCCGAGAGGGUACUCAAACCGCGCCGCGGCCAUGAUCAAGCUGCUCGCUUUCCCUAGCGCUAUCUCUGACUGUGACGAGGCUAUCAAGCGUGACCCAAAGAUGACCAAAGCUUACCUCCGCAAAGCUCAAGCACUCUUCGGCAUGAAGGAGUACAACCGUUGUCUGGAUGUAUGCACGGAGGCGCUGGAGCACGAUGAGAGUGGUGCGAACACCCGCGAGAUUGAGUCUCAGCAACAGAAAGCGCUUGAAGCCAUGUACCAAGCUCGCGAAGGUGAGACCGAGGAAGAAACAGCAGCCAGAAUUCAGCGUGAUCCCGAGAUUAUGAGCAUUUUGCAAGAUCCCGUUAUGCAGUCUAUCCUCCAACAAGCCAAGAGCGAUCCAGCUGCGCUCAAUGACCAUAUGCGUAACCCUGGCGUAAGAAGCAAGAUCCAGAAGCUCGUUGCUGCUGGCGUCAUUCGCACCGGUAUGCGCUAG